AAUUCAUAUACUUGCUCAUGCGCAGCGAUUUGGGAGCUCAUAUUUUUUGACAUACCAAUCUAUGUCUAUCAUUUUUGAGGUUAGUUCAAAAAUCAACAAGAAAAUCUUAUAAAAAUUCAAAUUAAUAUUAGUAAUCGAAAUUAUCCAAGGAUAUAUCAAUACAAAAAUGGGAGGUCACGAUCACGGACACCAUCAUGGUCCUCCCUACACAAUCCCAGAUUACAGAAUAUACAAAGUUGAGGAUGCUCCAUUAUUACUUAGAACUCAGAACGCUUUAGCUGCUAAAGGGUUGAAGGAUCCGUGGUUAAGAAACGAAGUGUGGAGGUAUGACGAAAAGAACUGGGGUUCCUAUAGUGAUAGAAUAAAAAUAACAUUCAAAAGAGGUUUUAAGAUCGGCUUCACAGCAUUUGUUCUCACUGUGGUUGGAACGAAAAUUUAUGAUCUAACCGUUGGUGGUGGUCACGACGAUCAUGGAGAACAUCACUGAUGUAUAUUUAUUCAGUGGUACUUGGUAGUGAAAAGCUUCAAAUUGUAAAUUGAAUAAAAGAAAUUAUUAAAAU